CUCCCCCCACACACACAGGAUGCCUGGGCAGGCAGUGAGCAGCUACUGCCAUGGGGCCUGAAGUCCUGCAUCCCUGUCUCCUGCUGCUGUGGGUCUGGGUCUGUGCCCUCCCAGCUGGCUCUGUCCUGCCCCCUGAACUCAGCAAGGCUGAAGUGACUCGAAUGUUCAGGGAUUUUAUGAUUCAGUUCAACAGAACCUACAGGAGCCCCGCAGAGCAGCACAGACGCUUCGGGAUCUUCACGCAAAGCCUGCUCGCGGCGCGGCGGCUGCAGGAGACAGAGCUGGGCACGGGGCAGUACGGGGUGACCCGCUUCAGCGACUGGACAGAUGAGGAGUUCCGGGGGAUGUUCCGGAGCUCCCUGCCCCCCACCAUGCACCAGGCCCCCCGGCUCCCGAGGAAGAAGCUGCCCCCAUUCUGCGAUUGGAGGAAGGCGGGGGCCGUGACCGCCGUGAAGUACCAGGUAGGCGAGAAGUGCCGCUCCUGCUGGGCCUUCGCUGCCGUCGCCAACAUCGAGUCCCUCUGGAACAUCCACUUCCACCAGCCCCGGAACCUCUCGGUGCAAGAGGUGUUGGACUGCAGCUGGUGCGGAGCGGGGUGCGAAGGGGGCUACGUGUGGGACGCUUUCACUACGGUGCUACAAAGGCGUGGUCUGACCAGCGAGGAUGCCUACCCCUACACAGGGAGAAAGGGGACAUGCCGCAACCUCAAUGAGCCGGCAGCCUAUAUCCAGGGCUUCCAGACACUACGUGGAGAUGAGACGGAAAUAGCUGCACACGUCGCAACCAAGGGCCCAAUCACAGUUACCCUGAACUCAGCUGCCAUGAAGCAUUAUAAAAAGGGCAUCUCCCAGCCCCUGGUGAAGAGCUGCAGUCCAGAGCACGUGGAUCACGUUGUCCUGCUGGUUGGCUACGGACAUGUGAAGAAAAGGCGCUACUGGGUCAUCCAGAACUCCUGGGGGGAAAGCUGGGGAGAGAAGGUACCCAGAGCUGGGCUCCGCCCUUCCAGCAACCCUGCCACCAUGCGAAUGCUUCUUCUCUUUGCUGCAACAGCGAAAGGGGCCAGUGAAACUGCAUUAAACUGCUUUUAUGUGCUGUGUGUGUGGCCCCUUUGAGUGGGGGAGGUUGUUAAUUGUUAACCUGAGUGUACCACCCCUGUGCUACGCACUCCACACACCAGCACGCUCGGUACAGUAACGGUGCUGGCUUUAUUGGGAUGCUACAAUCACAGCUAAGGGGGUUUCCAGGUGCUACCCCCAGGGCCAUGGAUGGGGGAGAAACACCCCUUCCCAAGCAGCUCUUGAUACCAACCUAAGCAUAAGUCCUCCCCCCACCCCCUCUGAUGGAAGGAGCUGGCCUGAUCCCAGACAACGCAGCUGGGUCUGCACCCCAGGGUGGGGGUGGGGACGGCGACAGCAGCCCUGA